AUGGAUAAUCCUAUUGUAAAACAUAUUGAUAACAAUGGAAAUGAGAAAGUUAAAAUCGUCUACGACUACGGUCGGAAUUCAAAUUCCGAUAAUGAAGAUUAUGAUCAAAGCGUUCCUAUUGGAACAAGCUACACUUGCACUAACACCACCCUAACCAACAUUUCUUGCCAAACUUUCUUGAUUUUCCGAUCAAACCAUCAAUUUCCGACCAUCUCCGCCAUCUCCGCCUUGUUUGGAUCACCACCCACCACCUUGCUCCACCUAAACAACAUCAAUUAUGCGUCCGACCUUCUCUCUGCAGAUAGAGAAGUUCUUAUUCCUGUUACUUGUUCUUGCUCUGGCGACGUUUUCCGGACCCGAAUCAACUAUACGAUCACGGAAAAAACGACACUUUCCGACACCGCUUGUGGGGUUUUCGAAGGAUUGGUGAGAACGAUCACGCUUCUUGAAGAAAACCCGAAUCUAGAAGACGUUAUUAAGGUUGGUUUUGUUCUUAAUGUGCCCUUAAAAUGUGCUUGCCCUAAUAAACCCUAUAAAUAUUUGGUUACAUACCCUUUGGUUUCAGGAGAUUCUGUUAUAAAAGUUAGUACGAAGUUUGAUAUUUCGAUGAACGAUGUUUUGCAAGUUAACGGUUUAACUCCGGACACGACCAUUUAUCCCAACUCGACCAUUUUGAUACCGUUGUAUUCAGAACCCAUGAUUAAUCUUAGCGUCCCGAAUCUUCAACCGCCAACUCCCGGAUUUUACCCAACAAAACCCAUAGAACGAAAAGUGAAAACCGCGAAACUCAAGAAAGUGUACAUUGUUGUUUCGAUCAUCGGGUUCGGUUUGGUGCUAGCGAUAUUAAUCGUGACCGGUUUGUAUGUAAACGCAUUAAAUAAAUGCAAACGCGACAUUUUUGUCAUACCUUCGAUGCAGCGGAGCUCGUUUACCUCAUUUUCGACGCCUCGAGUUAGCUCCCCACGAUCACGGCAAAGCCCGAUCACGAGAAGCUCACCGAGCUCGUGUCUGUCUCCUGAUCUCCUUGCGGGCAUAAAAUACUCUUUGUAUAAUUUUACGAUCGACGAAAUCAAAAAAGUUGCAAGGGAUUUUAACGAAGAUUGUAAAGUAAGCGAAAAUGCAUAUCGAGGGUUGUUCGAUGAUGUUCAAGUUCUAGUCAAAGAGAUUGAAUUCUCGGAAAUUCGCCACGUAAUUGAUCUCUAUUCGAAAAUCAACCAUGUGAAUGUCGUGAAACUGAUCGGGGUAUGUUACAAUGAAUCUUCGUGGUCGUAUCUUGUUUUGGAGCACCCGGGGAACGGGAGUUUACGAGAUUGUUUGACUAAUUCGUCAAGUUUGACCUGGCAUCGAAGGACUCAGAUCGCGUUUGAUGUCGCCAUGGGGUUACAUUACCUACACUAUUGCAUCGUCCCUCCGUACAUGCAAACAGGGCUCGGUAGCGGAAACAUUUUCGUGACGUCAAAGUGGAGGGCAAAGCUGACAGUCUUGUCAAGAAAUACAAAUCUCGUACUGCAAAUUGGAUCGUCCAAUUCAGAGUACGAGAAUUUCGAUGUUCUGAAAGCAUCAGAGAAAGAGAAUAUUUUGGAAUUCGGAAUGGUUUUGCUCGAGAUUUUAUCGGGAAAAGUAAAAACGGACGAAAAAUCGAUCGGUUUUUUAGGAGGCGAGGGGAAUGAGAGAGGGUGUUUUGAUCAUUUGAGGAGCUUUAUUGACCCUAAUUUAAAGGAUGAUUACCCUUUGGCUGAAGCUUUGUGUUUAGGAGUCUUGGCUAAAGCUUGUGUUGAAUGUGAUCCUUUUCAUAGGCCAUCUAUGGAGGAUGUCCUUAAAGUCCUUGCUAGAAUGGUAUGA